UUCCCUGCUCUGUGUUUAGCAGUUUGUAGUGCGCUGCUGCUGGUGACUGAACGAGCAAGUGAACACAACGCAAAACAACGAAGCUAGGAACGGCAUCGACGUCUCGCAACAUAAGAUUGUCGUCGUUUCAUAACAUCACAUUGCGGAUUCAGUUGGGGUUUAACUGCCACUCGGGACGGUAGAUCGCGCUUACAAUUGUUUUGUGACCAAAAGCAAAAAAAAAAAAAAACCAGAACCAAACCAAAACCAGUGUGUGUAAAUGUGUGUUACAUGAAUGUGAAUUGGUGUGUGUGUGUGAGAGAAUUGUACAACAUAUCAUCAGACAGAAAAUAGGUGAUUUGAAAAAAUUAUCGAAAUUCUCCAAGGGCCAUUGAUAAAAUACAAAACAGCAACUGAGUCAACCAUUGGCUCAUUAUCACCCACAAAAAUCCCAAUAACAACAGCAGCAACAACAAGCAGCCAAUAUCAUCAAUUCUCUUAAGGCCAAGUGUCAAUUUUAAGUUUUGUUUCUCACUCUCUCUCUCUGUGUCGGCCCCAAAACUAAAAGUGAAAAUAUCCAAACAACAACAAUCAAAAGUAUUUUGAGAAAAUCAAAUUGGUAUUUAGUGUUAUUUGUUUUUGUUGCCAAAAAAAAAAAAACUAAUCAAUCAUUAUGCGUUCCGAUGAACCUGUGCCGGGUUUCAGCUCGGCCUCACCCUGGCCCACCUUGGAUUUGGAAUGGGGCCGCAAAUUGUAUCCCACAGCGGCACCACGCACCGCCAGCGGCCUUAUGUUUGGCCUGCCACCAACAGCCGCCGAUUUAAAUCAGCCGCGUGGACCCAUGACCUCGCUGAAGGAGGAACCGUUGGGCGCCAGGGCCUGGAUGCAGCCGGUGGUGGAUCAGAGCAACCUCGGCAUUGGCCGCGCCCACUUUGAAAAACAACCGCCCAGCAAUUUACGAAAAUCAAAUUUCUUUCAUUUUGUCAUCGCCCUCUACGAUCGCGCCGGUCAACCCAUAGAAAUCGAACGCACCGCCUUUAUAGGUUUCAUCGAAAAGGAUUCGGAAUCGGAUACAACGAAAACUAAUAAUGGCAUACAAUAUCGUCUGCAGCUGCUGUAUGCAAAUGGUGCCCGCCAGGAACAGGACAUAUUUGUGCGUCUCAUCGAUUCGGUGACAAAACAAGCUAUCAUCUAUGAGGGCCAAGAUAAAAAUCCCGAAAUGUGUCGGGUACUGUUAACACAUGAAGUUAUGUGCAGCCGCUGUUGUGACAAAAAAAGUUGCGGCAACCGCAAUGAAACACCAUCGGAUCCUGUCAUUAUUGAUCGAUUCUUUUUGAAAUUCUUCUUGAAAUGCAAUCAAAAUUGUUUGAAAAAUGCUGGCAAUCCCCGAGAUAUGAGAAGAUUUCAGGUUGUCAUUUCCACCCAGGUGAGCGUGGAGGGCCCCCUCUUGGCCAUAUCGGACAAUAUGUUUGUGCACAACAACUCGAAACAUGGUCGCCGCGCCAAACGUUUGGACACCACGGAAGGUACAGGCAAUCACUCCCUGUCCAUAACGGGACAUCCCCUUGCGCCUGACAGUACCUAUGAUGGUCUCUAUCCCCCCUUGCCAGUGGCCACACCCUGCAUUAAAGCCAUAUCGCCCAGUGAGGGUUGGACAACAGGUGGCGCCACCGUCAUUAUUGUGGGAGACAAUUUCUUUGAUGGCCUGCAGGUGGUGUUCGGUACAAUGCUUGUCUGGAGUGAAUUGAUCACCUCACAUGCCAUACGUGUCCAGACCCCGCCCCGACAUAUACCAGGUGUUGUCGAAGUUACUCUUUCGUAUAAGAGCAAACAGUUUUGUAAGGGCUCACCGGGACGUUUUGUUUAUGUGUCUUUAAAUGAACCCACCAUCGACUAUGGUUUCCAACGUUUACAAAAAUUGAUACCCCGCCAUCCAGGAGAUCCAGAAAAGCUACAAAAGGAAAUCAUCUUGAAAAGGGCAGCUGAUCUUGUUGAGGCUUUGUACUCAAUGCCAAGAUCCCCCGGCGGUUCCACCGGCUUCAACUCAUAUGCCGGCCAAUUGGCAGUCAGCGUCCAGGAUGGUUCUGGCCAAUGGGCCGAAGAUGAUUAUCAAAGGACCCAGUCGAGCAGUGUCAGCCCACGUGGAGGCUAUUGCAGCAGUGCAUCGACACCCCACAGUUCGGGAGGUUCAUACGGGGCCACCACCACAGCUGGUUCAAAUGGCUAUGGAGCCACAACCAAUAUGGGUACGUUGUCAACUUCCCCGGGCAGUGUCUUCAAUUCCACUUCAAGAGUUGGCAGUUUAAGCUUCAAUCCCUUCACAUUGCCCACAUGCAAUACCCAAGGCUAUAGUAGUACACAAUUGGUGACAUCAACUAAAUAAUAUUACUACUAAAUCAACCAGGCGGGGAUUUUCAAUAUCAAAAAGGCUUAAACCCGAACCAGUAGGAACAUGGUAUAACUUCUAUAUUCUUGAUGGCUAAAACAUGGCAGAUGUGUGCAAUAUCAAAUAAAUCAAUCUGCUGUUAUUAAAUGGAACGGCUCAAAAAGGGGUUUCGAAAUCGAAAAACGCCCUUAUAAAUCCAGCAGCUCCAUAAAAUUAGCCUCUCCCCAAAAAAACAAGUAUCAUAUCACAUUACAACAAAUCUCAAUACAAAUCAAAAUAUUUAAUAAUUAACAAAAACAACAACAACAUUAAAUAAUUAACAAAAACAAAACAACAACAAAUUUAAUGUAUACGAGUUAAAACAUAUAUCAUUUUUUAUUAUUAUUAUUACUACAAUUUGUAAUAGUAAUGCUACAAGAAAGAAACCCGCAUGAGAAAGCCCUUAACAAAUGCUAAUAGUAUUUCAUACAUUCUUUAAAUAAAACAAAAAUUUUUGCUAAAAAGAAUAUUGAAAAAAAAAAUUGAAAAUAAAACCAUGCAUCAAAAUGUUAUUAACAAUAAGUAGGCAAAUUUAUAUUAAAAAAAGACAUAUCCCCCAAGAAUGAGGUUGAAUAAAAAUGCAGUGGGUAAUUUUUGUAAUUUAUGUGUUCACAAAUGCAGUGGAAUAGUAAAUUUUUCUCAAGAUUUUAUCGAUAUAGUUUGUUGUGUGGCCAGGUCACUUUAUUUUUUAUUUUUAUUUUUAAUUUUUUGCACUAUAUCUUGGAAAAGUUAAAAAACUGUUGGAUAAAAGGAAAUUUUCUCGGAUUUUGUCUAGUAUAAUGUAAUGUGUGGCCAGGCCGCUAUAUUUUUCAUAGAUUUUUUCCAAUUUGUGUGUUCAGAAAUACAGUUGGAUAGUUCAUUUUUGGCUAAAAAUACGUUUUUUAGGAUUUUGGCUACAUAAUUUUAUGUGUGGCCAGGACACUUUAUUAUAUAUAUAUUUUUUUGCAAUAUAAAGAUUGUUUACAAUUCUAUAGGAAAGAUAAUUUGGGGCUGGAAUGAGAAUUUCAAAUUAUUUUUAGACAAAAUUUAAUGUGUGGCCAGGACACAUUAUUGUUUUUUGCGAGAAACUUUCUAGAAUUUUGGCUACAUAACUUGAUGUGUGGCCAGACCACUUUAUUACAUAUUAAACUUUUGAAGCUAUUCAUCCCAAAAAUUUUUUUUAGACAAAAGAAAAAUUUCUAGGAUUUUGUCUAAGACAAUAUGAUGUGUGGCCAGGACACUAUAUUAAAUAUUGUUUUUUUCAAUAUAUGUCUUCAGAAAUGCAGUUGGAAAAUUAAUUUUUUGCUACAAAGAAAACUUCUAAGAUUUAAUCGAAAUAAUCUGAUGUAUGGCCAGGACACUUUAAUAAAUAUUAUUUUAACCUUUUUUUGCAAUAUAUGUGUUCAGAAAUGCAGUUGGAAAUUUAUUUUUUUACAACAAUAAAAUUUUUAAGAUUUAGUCGAAAUAAUUUGAUGUCUGGCCAGAUCACUUCAUUUUACAUAUUAAUUGUUUUCGCAAUAAACAUGUUCUCAAUGCUGUUCAAAAUUAUUAUUUUUUUUACUAAAAAUAAACUUUCUAAUAAUUUGUUGACAUAAUUUGAUGUGUGGCCAGAUCACUUUAUUUUUACAUUUUUCCAAAAUUUUCUUGAAACAAAGAUUUGAGUAUUUGCUAUUAUGUCGCCAUAAAUUGAGGUGUGGCCAGGACACUUCAUUAUAACAGCUGUUAUUAAUCCCCCUCCUUCUUUAAUUUAUCAAUAAAAAUGUUUAUAGGAGUAAAAAUCAACAAUUAACAAAACACGAAAUUUUCUAGGAUUUUGUCGACAUAAUUUAAUGUGUGGCCAGAUCACUUUAUUACAUUUUACAUUUUUGACUGUAUUUUAUACACAAAUUUAGUAUUUUCUUUAAAUAAAGAUUUACUUUUUUCAAUUUUGGUUGUUAUAAGUUGACGUCUGGCCAGGACACCUUAUUAUAUCGGCUGGUAUAAUUCCCCUGCUUUCUUUCUAGCUUUUCUUCAAUAAAAAUGACCGUAAGAGUAAAAAAUAACAGUAUUUGCAUAUGUCACAGUUAAAGUUGCUGUGUGGCCAGAUCACUUAAUAAAAUACUACUGUUAUCGAUAAAACGAUUGUUUUCACAAAUUCCCUCUUUGGUGAGAAAAUGAGAAAUCACCGUUAUUUAAGAACAUUAAAUGCAAUUGUGAACCGGUAAAUUAGAAAAAUUACUCUCUCUCUCUCUCUCUCUCUCUUAUACAGGGUUUACAUUACUAGAUUUGUUUUCAUUUGAUCUGUUUUGUAUAAAUUAUUAUGUAUUCAAGUAAUUAGCAAAUUUUAUAUAAAUUGCAAUUGAUUUGUAUUCUAUUUGACUAACCGAUUUGAAUGGACUUAACAACAAAUCCUGUCAUGUAAACCUUCUAUAAAAUCAUAACAUCAAAACUACAUUAGAGAAUUUCAAAAACGAAAAACAGCUGAUAUAUAAAUAAUUACAAAUUUAUAAUAAAAAACAAACAAAAAACAACAACAUAUACUUAAACAUAUCGUUAAAAUUUUGAAUAAUCUACAAAAAUAAUUUUGUUCAUUUUUUUCUUAAAAGAAAAAUAUAUAACAAAAAAAAUUAUAAUAAGAUCAACAUAUACACAAAUCACAAUAUUAUGUGCUACAAUGCCAUGCAUACCCACAAAACGUACAUAACCACAUACAUUAUACAAACAAAAAACAACAAUAUGUUUACACAAACAUUUUCGCAUAUGUACUUUAUAGGAUAAAACUAAUUAAAUUAAAUGCUGUUAUAUAUAUAAAAAAAAACAAAAUCAUAUUAAUAUUAAAAGACAACCCACAAAACACACACACAUGCUAAUGUAAACCUUUUUUUUGUAUGUAACUAUUUGUUGUUAUGAUUA